ACGUUGUAUUACAAAAAUAUCUUUCUUAGCACAACAAACACCUCUUUCUCCAUACUAGUGAGUGAACAUGAAUAGUACAAAAGAAAGUGAGAUGAAACGCCAACCAUGUAGCGUAACAAAUGAACGACGAAGUGCUAACUAUAAGCCAAACAUUUGGAGCUAUGAUUUUGUACAGUCUCUUACAAGUGAAUUUACGACAGCAACUUACAAAGAACGAGCUGAAAAGCUGAAAAACGAGAUUAUGCAUAUCUUCAGUAGAGAACCGGGGUUUUCGAAGCCAUAUAUUGUCGAAACCAUCACUAAUCUAGGUUUAUCAAAUGUGUUACACAAGGAAAUUAUGGAUGCCCUUGAAUCGAUAACAAUCGAUUUGAACAAUAAUGUUGGUUUUGAAGAAGAUAUCUUAAUUAGUGAUACUGCUUUAAGUUUUAGGCUUCUUCGACAACAUGGCUAUAAUAUUUCACAAGAUAUCUUUGCUGGUUUUAUUGGUGAGACUGGUCUUCUGAAGGAAAGAAUGGACUCAAAGAUCGACCCUAGAAGAGUGCUUGAGCUAUAUGAGGCUUCUCAUUUAGCUGUAGACGGCGAAGAGAUAAUGGAGAAAGCUAAGGAUAUUUCGUCCUUAUAUCUCAUAGACAGUUACCUGGACAUGGAUGACAAACUUGCCAAACAAGUGUCUUCUAGUUUAAGGAUUCCAUGCCAUAGGAAAGUACAGUGGUUUGAUGUCAAACAACAAAUUCAUGCUUACGAACAAGAAGAUAAUAAGAAUGUGAUCUUGCUUGAGUUGGCAAAGUUAAAUUUCAACAUCGUACAAGCCGUGCAUCUAGAAGAUCUUAAAGAAUUGUCGAGGUGGUGGAAAAAUCUUGGGUUUAUAGAGAAUAUUAGCUUUACAAGAGAUAGAUUAGUUGAAAGUUUCUUGUGGACAGUUGGAGUCGCUUGCGAACCACAACAUGGACUUCUCAGAAAAUGCCUAACAAAGGUUGUAUCUUUUGUUCUAGUUCUUGAUGAUACUUAUGAUAUAUAUGGCUCUCUGGACGAGCUCAUUUGCUUCACCAGAAUUGUGGAGAGAUGGGAUUAUCAAGAAGUUGAUGAACUUCCAGAGUGCAUGAAGAUCUGUUUCCAGGCACUUGUAACAACUACAAGUGAAAUUGCUGACGAUAUUCAGAAGGAAAAAGGGUGGAAUGAUGACAUAUCACAUUUCUUAAGAAUGGCCUGGGCAGAUUUUUGCAAAGCAUUAUUAAUGGAAGCUUGGUGGUACAAAAAGCGGCACGUACCAUCACUGCAAGAUUAUCUGAAAUCGGCAUGGAUUAGUUCCUCUGGUCCUUUGCUGUCCCUUAUAUGUCUUCUUUGUACAGCAGAUGGAAAUUCAGAGGAGCUGGAGGAUAAGUGGGAAGACAAUGAAGAUCUUAUAUUUUACACGUCGCUGAUCAUUCGACUAUUGAAUGAUCAGGGUACUUCUGCUGUAGAACUUGAGAGAGGUGACGCACAUUCAUCCAUAUUGUGUUACAUGGCAGAAGCUAGUGUAACGGAGGAGAUAGCUAGGGAGCAUAUGAAAGACAUUAUAAAUAGUGCUUGGCGUAAAAUUAACAUGGAAUUACUGAGUGCAUCAAUCCACGAGCAAAAAUUUGUCAAUCUUGUUAUUAACACUGCACGAGUAUGCCAUUUCAUAUACCAAAAGGGAGAUGGUUUUAGUGUUCAAGAUGGUGGGACUAAGAAGAAGAUCAAACGUUUACUCAUUGAACCAAUUCAACUUUGAGACUAAAAUUUCACGAACCACCAUAUUCUCUCGUAAAUAUCAUGCUUUUCGUAAAUAUAUUCAACAGUGUAAUAUAUUCAAGGGUGUUCAUUUCCCAUAGUCUUCAAUCACCUUCGUCCUACAAUGGCACAAAUGAUUUCGGACGAAUUGCAACAACGGAUAGUGAAUUAUUAUACUCCCUUGUCUCUUUUCUUGCUAAAAUUUUCAUAAAUAAAUGUCUCAAAUUACUUGUUA